AUGAAAUCCUACGUAGCUGCCGUUUUAUUGUUGGCUCUUGCCGUCUGCGCAUUCGCCGAAGAGGCCAAGCCGCAACAAGCGUCUCCUGCCAAGACAACUGACAAGCGCAGCAUCUACGGAUUGGGCUACGGCUACCCCGCGUACCACGCACCUCUCUCCUACCCGGCUACCCCAUUGGCUCUGCCCACGUCCUUCGUCUCGCCACUGAAAUACCACGCACCACUGUCCUACCCUCUGUCUUACCACGCUCCCCUCUCUUACCACGCUCCCCUCCCCUACCACGCUCCUCUCUCCUACCACGCACCCCUCUCCUACCACGCACCCCUCCCAUAUCACGCUCCCAUCUCUUACGCGUCCCCUCUGUCCUACCAUGCACCAAUCUACAAGGCCCCGUACUACGCCCCAUCUAUCUACUAA